CAUGCCCCUCCUGAUAAUUUACCACACUUGUUACUUGAGGCAUUCCAUGAACAAGAAAGACUGCGUCAUCGAUUGAGAACAAGGCACUUUAUUGAAAGAGAGAAGCUAGUAUUAUCAGCAGAGCAGGAAAUAAUGCGUGUUCAUGGUAAUGCCGCAAGAGCUUCAGCCAAUCAGAGCACUCCGUACAGUGUAUGUAGUAUAUUGCGAGAUCAAGAAAUUUACAACAUGCCAGACUUACAGGGUGAAGAGGAUGCAAAAAAUAUACGCACUCGUUUUAAUGGUCGUCAGUUUUUCUCAUGGUUGAGAGACGUUGAUGACAAGUAUGCGAAACUUAAGGAAGAACUUAUUCAAAGACAGGAACACGAGAUCGCUUCAUUGUACGCUGUUCAGAAAAUGGAGUGGGAAUGUAAAUUAAAAGAUCUUCGUUUGUACGACGGGAAGAAUCCGCCAUUGGUCAGCAAAGACCAUGUACCGAUAGUAGAAAUCAAAAAAGAGUUUGAUCUGCUGCCUGCGUGACAGUUACUGCAUGCCAUGAGAACUAGAAUCCCAACAAAUAUCACCAGUUUAAAAAGUCUUUAACCAUAGUGAGGCUCGCUGGGUCAUGUCGUGCAUCUUUGCCAAUCUGACUUUGCCAGCCUCACUUUAAUGCCACAUUGGCACUCGUAUUUUAUUUGAUUUCAUCUCUACACAUUGAAUGGUGUUUUGAAGAGCUGUGUCUGCACCAAAUGUUGUUUUAAUUUUAUUUCCCUGUAUAGGGUUUUUACUGUUGAGGAUGUUGCUGAUUUGUGACUGAUUUACACUGUUUAGUUGACUGACCCUUUUCAAUUGCUUAUAUUAACACCUUGAUAUCUUUGUAAAUAGCAUGUUUCUUCUACUCUUCAAAUUAAAGAAAUGUGAAAGUUUUGAAAUAUCACCCUGACUACUACUGUACCUCAAUAAACCCUUUAGGCUAUUUCCGUAAAUUCCCUAUUUGUUUAUCAUCAUUAUAAUUGAUAUUCCAUGUUAUUUUAAUUCUGUUCCCUAAAAU